UGGGUGUGUGUGCAUAGUGGUGUGAUAGGGUGAAAAGGGUGCUGGGGACAGUAUGAAGGCUUUCUAGUGCUUGUGGCUACCUCCUAAGGGAGAUACUCAGGUGUAACAAGAUCAGAUAGAAGCGUGGGCCAAGAGCUAAGAAUAGAAUUAGGUACAGGCUCUUGGCUUAGGUGGGAACACAUCAGUGCCAGCCAGGAAAUCACCAACCAGAGUCAGAGGAGCCUCUCUGGAGGAGUGGAGCCCAGGCUUCCAGGGAAGGGCAGAGUCCAGAUGGGAUCAUAAGCUGUUGAUAGGCAAUCUGUGUAGAGGGCAAGGAUCAGGCCCCAGGGUGCUGGGAGCCAGGGGCUAGGAAGUGAGCUCUGGGAUUGGAGGAAGCCCCACCUGACCCUCAUGGCCUUUCUAGUGUCUGGGACCCUACAGGUGGCUGCACAGUUGGCGGAUGCUCGGGACAGCCUGGGGAGAAAGGGAAAGUACAAUGUGCAGGGUUCAAGGGCAGCUCUGACACUCAGCAGUCCUGGGGUGUCUGCUACCACGGUUGCUGCCCUGGAUGGUGUGUUCCAGGCGCUGCGCUUUGAAAAUUGUAAGAGGGAGGUCCCAGUUCAGGGCUUCCUUGAGGAGCUAAGGUGGUUCCGGGAGCAGCUGGAUGCCUAUAGGGGCCCUGUGGGUUGUGUCCUUGUGUCCUUGGUAGUCCCCAGUGGGCAGCUAAGGCAGCUACAGCCACUGGUCCAGGAGCUGAAUCACUGUGAGACCCUGCGGGGCUGCCCCAAAAUCUUCCUGCUGCUCUCUAAUGGCCCCAAGGCUGCCUGGGAGCCAGAAGACUUCAUCACUGGCCUGGGGGAAAUCUGCUGCCAAUAUCCUCACUGGUCACUGCUGCAGCUGCUGACAGAGCUCUUCUGUAGGGUGACUGAAGAGUCUGCUGGGGACAUUUACUGCCCAGUCCUUCGGAGCUCCUUACGGGGGACACUGUGCCUGGGAGGUGUAGAGCCCUGGAGGCUUGAGCCAGACCCCGGGCUCAGUGCACAGUAUGACCUAUCCGGGACCAGGGCUGCCCUCUUCCUGACUGUGAUUCAAGACCGGCCUGGGGCACAGCAUGAUGUGGCAGCACUAGAGGACCUGUGCCAGGCCUUGGACUUCAAAGCCACCCUGAGGACAGACCCUACAGCUCAGGCAUUUUGGGAGGAGCUGGUUCAGUUCCGGGAGAGACUGGACACCCACCCAGAUCCUGUGAGCUGUGCCCUUGUGGCCCUGAUGGCCCAUGGAGGGCCACAGGGGCAGCUGCUGGGGGCUGAUGGACGAGAAGUACAGGCAGAGGCACUAGUGCAGGAGCUGAGCCGCUGCCAAGCACUUCAGGGCCGCCCCAAGAUCUUCCUGCUUCAGGCCUGCCGUGGGGGGAACAGGGACCCCAGUGUGGGGCCAAGAGCUCUCCCCUGGUACUGGCGCUGGCUGCAGGCACCCCUGGCCAUCCCCACCCAGGCAGAUGUCCUUCAGAUCCAUGUUGAUGCAUCAGGCAGCCCCUCCUGGGGUCUCAUACCAGAGAACUCUGACCAAGCAGACAUCCUUACUGUCUAUGGAGCUGUGGAGGGCUGUGUGGCCUAUCGGGAUGAGAAGGGCUCAGACUUCAUCCAGAUGCUGGUGGAGGUUAUCAGAGCCAACCCUGGAGGAGACCUCCUUGAGCUGCUGACAGAGGUCAACCGGAGAGUUUGUGAGCUGGACGUGCUGGGGCCGGACUGUGAUGAGAUGCGCAAGGCCUGCCUGGAGAUCCGCAGCUCGCUCCGGCGCCGGCUCUGCUUUCAGGACUAACGGCCUUGCUACAUCCCUCCACCACUUCCUCGGCAUCCUGUCAUCGAUGUAGUAGCUUGGGCGUGGGAGUUCUAAUAACGUGCAAUAAAUGUCUGUUGAGAUCAUUGUG